AGAGGGCUUUCAUUUUCGGUUCGGCUUCGUGUUGUUCCUGGGUUGGCACAGCUUCAGAGGCUGGUUGAAAAAUUGGCAGCACUACCCCCAAGCAGAAUACAGCUUUCAGCUCCCAUCCUGUCAGACAUGCUGCAUUGCAUUUAAGGUGACCUCCUUAGCAGAAAUGUGAACACCUGACACUGGUUGGAGCCUAUACGUUUGGAGGAACUGCUGGAAGCCCCCUCGUGCCCCCACCCACCCAUCCACAAUGUUUGGCCUGAGUGAGAACCUCUGAGAGUGGUCCUUUGGUGGCUCCUGUCUUCCUCAAUCUGUUAACUAUACUGUUCCUUGGGUGCAAUGGACAAGGCCCUCUCAUGGAUCAGAAACCUGCUUGUUGGGGAAGAGGCAGAAGAAAGGAAAUUGAUUCCGCAGAAAAGCCCAUGUGUUGAGAGGGAAGCGUCCUGCUAUGCCAGCAUCAAUGGAGGGGAUGCUGCUGAGGUCUCCUGCAUCCCUUGUGCUGGCAUCAGCAGCCGGGGCUCUGUCACCUGUCCUACUUGCCAGGGCACUGGGAGGAUCCCUCGAGAGCAAGAACAGCAGCUGGUUGCCCUCAUUCCAUAUGGAGACCAGCGGCUGAAGCCCAGACGAACAAAGCUGUACGUAUGUCUCACAGUGGCCAUUUGCCUGCUGAUGACGUGUCUCAUGAUGUAUUUCCUGUUCCCACGUUCCAUCCUGGUGUUUCCCUCUGGACUCAAUGCCUCCUCCAUCUCUUUUGACAACUCUUCUUACAGUAUUAUCCUCAAUAUGACUAAUGUGCUGAAUGUGACAAACAGCAACUUCUACACUGUGCGUGUGGCUCAGCUUGCUAUUGAAGUCUUGCACAAGACACUGGUGAUUGGGAAAAACACUGUGAUGACCCAGUUGGACAUCAGACCCCUGCAGGGGGCUCAGAUGCUUUACAGUGUCUCCAGUAGAAUCCUGGAUAAUAACACUUACAAAAUUUGCACAUGGUCCAGAAUAAAAGUCCACAACGUUCUCCUGCACAUACAAGGUACCCUGACAUGCUCCUAUCUCUCCCACUCGGAGCAGUUGUCCUUUGAAAACUACCAGUAUGUGGACUGCAGAGGUACCGCCAUGCUCCCCAGUUUGUCCUGAUUCCGCACUUCCCCACGGCUGCCCUAAACUCCUGGAGGUGCUCCUUUGGCUUCAUCUUCUCUUCUUGUUAAUGAAAUUGCAGCAGCAUUAUUUUCAACCCUUCUGUGAACCAGGUGUGUGUUUUGCAACUUUUGAUUCAGCAUCGCCAGUUCUGCUGCAAAACAAGAUGACAGUUGUGGCAGAAAUUUUUCUCUUGUCAAGAGAUCUGGGGAUGUGGGGUUUUUUUGAACAAUUUCUGUCUCGAGGAAGCAGAACAAAAUGCAUCCAAUGGUGCAAAAGAGAAUGCAGGCAAACCGUGCUGAAAUUGCAGGGUUUUGGGGUGGAAUUUGCAUAGACAGCAUGUAUAGAACACUGGCUGGCUGCUCAGGUUGCAUUAAUCUUCUAUAAAUGUUUCCUGGAGGCUACUGGCCUAGAGCUGGGACUUAGGGCAACGGAACCUGCCAGUGUAGGUUUUAGGGAGGCCUGGAAGCUAACUUCUUUCUCCUUCUUCGUUCAAAACUAUCUUCCUCUACAUUUAAGCAGCAGGGAGGAACCUUGGACUUUGCAAGCACUGCUUCUCUGCGAGUCUGUUUUUAUUCCUCUUUCCCCAAAAGCCUCCUCCCUGGAUCAGCUGUUUGCAACAUGUGGCGAAGGGGAGAAGAGUACACAGCGUUAAGAGGACUUAAGAAACCAUCCAUGUUCAAAUGCUGCCUUUCUAAAACUAUUCCCACCCCUGUUCUCUUUUUACAUAUUAUCAGAACAGUCAUGUUAACAUCAAUUUCUUCCUGGGAAGUUUUGGACAAUUCUCAAACAGUGUUGUUCCAAAUAAAAUAGUCUCAAUGCAUUGUUA